AUGGGUUCUUCUUCUCAGAAUUGGGUUGUAGGGUUACUUCUUUUCUUGAUCAUUCUCUUGGAAUUGAGUGCCAUCACUUUUGGUGAUGACAAGCUUGAAGAGUCGAAGUUGAGUAAUAAUAAUGGUUGCAGAUAUGGUAGGAGAGGUUGUGGUGGACGUGGUGGAGGGAGAGUAGAUAGAGUUCGAGGAGGUGGUGGAGGAGGAGGAGGUGGUGGUGGUGGUGGUGGAGGAGGAGGAGGAUGGGGGUCAGGUUAUGGUAGUGGAUUUGGAGCAGGAUUUGGAACAGGAGGUGGUGGUGGAGGUGGUGGGGGUGGGGGAGGUACCGGAGGUGGUUCAGGAUAUGGUGCAGGAUUUGGAGCAGGAAAUGGUGCUGGAGGAGGAGGAGGAGGCGGCGGAGGCGGUGGAGGAGGAGGGUCAGGUUAUGGUAGCGGUUAUGGUGCGGAUGGAGGAUUAGGAGGAUUGGGAGGGGGAAUAGGAGGUGAACGUGGUGAAGGAAUUGGAGUCGGAUUUGGAAUGGGAAUUGGUAUAGGAGUUGGAGUUGGAGCUGGAGGUAGAGCUGGUCAAGGUGUUGGAGUAGGGAGUGGGUUCGGUAAUGGUGGUGGUAGUAAUGGCCGAACAUAA